ACACACAGACACACACACAGACAGACACAGACAGACACAUACACAGACGCAGACAGACACACACACACACAGACAGACAGACACACACACAGACACCAAGACACACACAACAGCAACAGCACAGGCGGUGUGGGCGAGGAGGGAGAUUCGCACGCCGGCUCGCCGCUACAAUAUGUUGGCUCGAACUCUCUGGGCCGGGCAGCAUGGCGAGGACGGCCGCCAGCCCCGCGGGGCCGCAGGGACUCACCUCGCCGCUCCCGACGCUCCCCGCUCGACGCCACCGCCGCCUCCUCCUCCUCGUCGGUCUCCCCGUGCGCCUCAGCAGCCCGGCCCUGGUCAUGCUCUCCGCGCUCUUCCUCUCCACCUACCUCUUCCUCUGCUCCCUGCCGAGCUGCCAGCACGCCGCCGAGCCGCUGCCGACUGGGGGUGGUAGCGAGGGGGGAGGAAGCGGAGCGGCGGCUGCUGCUGCUGAUGCUGCUGCUGCUGCAGCAGGUGGAGGAGGAGGAAUAGUUGCGGGCGUAACGGUGGCGGUGGAAGGGGGGCGAGUAACCGGGCGACGAGGGGGAGCAGCUUCGGCGGGAGCAGGUGGUGCAGAAUCAGAAGGAAGAGCAGCAAUGGCAUGGUCAGCAGGAGUAGCAGAAGAUGAAGAAGAAGAAGAAGAGGAGGAAAGCAUCCAGGCUCCCCCUCUCAGCAGGCGAAGCUACGCGAGCCAGUCGAGUGGAGGAGGAGGAGGGAGGAGAGGAGAAGGAGGCGACGGGGGAGGAGAGGGCCUCGCGCGGGGCUCGAAGACUCCACACGCGGCAAGAGCGCGCGGCUCCGCGAAGACUCGCGAGCGGGGCUCUGGGCUGCGGGCGCUUCAGGAGAUGAGUGAGAACAAUGAGUACGACGAAUGGGCAGGGGCCACCCAGCAUCAUGAGAAGAUGAAGAGGAAUGUCGACGACGAUGUUGAUGACGAUGAUGUCGCUGAUGGGGACAAUGCCGAUCUGGGAAAGGAGGAGGCGGAGGAGGUGGAAAGAAGGGAGGGAGGGCAAGAGGAGGAAUCGGAACUCGGGAUUCCGUGCUGCAAGAGGCUUCCGCAGGCGCUCAUCAUCGGGGUGAAGAAGGGCGGCACUCGCGCGCUGCUCGAAGCCCUGAGGCUUCACCCGGCCGUGCGCGCCCUGGGGGCAGAAGCUCACUUCUUCGAUCGCAACUACGAGAGGGGCCUUGAGUGGUACAGGGGCCUCAUGCCGCCCACGGAACCCGGGCAGAUCACGAUGGAGAAGACGCCCAGCUACUUCGUGACGCGGGAGGCGCCGGCCCGCAUCCGCGCCAUGGGCGGCGGGCGCACCAAGCUGCUGGUGGUGGUGCGGGACCCCGUGACGCGUGCCGUCUCCGACUACGCGCAGACGCUGGCCAAGCGCCCGCGGGGAACGCCGCCGUUCCGCCGGCUCGCCUUCCGCAACGGCUCCGCCGCGGGCGCGCCCGCGGUGGAGCCGCGUUGGAGCGCCCUGCGCAUCGGCCUCUACGCGCGCCACCUCGAGCGGUGGCUGCGGCACUUCCCGCGCGAGAGCAUGCUCUUCGUGAGCGGCGAGCGGCUCGCGACGCGGCCGGCCGCCGAGCUGGCGCGGGUGCAGGACUUCCUCGGCAUCGCGCGCCUCGUCACCAGGAGGCACUUCUACUUCAACGCCACCAAGGGCUUCCCUUGCCUGCGACGCGGAGGCAUCGCUGCCGCUGGCGCUGCCGCUGGCGCCGGCGCUGCCGCUACCGAUGGACUGGGCGCCGGAGACGCGAGACUCGGGAGUAGCGGGAGCGCCAGGAAGGUCGGGCGGCGGAGCGCGCGGGCGACCGCGCGGAUGCGUGGCAGGGGCGGGAGCGGGACGUACGGAGACGUCGGCGAUGUUGGAGACGAAGAGGCGAAGCGGAACGAGCAGGAAGACGAGGAGGGGGACGAGGACGAGGAGGUAGAGCGCCGGGACUCGGGGGAGGAGGACGGGGAUGCGGAGGCGGUGGAGGACGAUGAGUAUGACGAGAGGGGUGAGUGGACGGGUGGUGAUGGAGAGGAGAAUCACUGGGGCCAGCCUCACUGCCUUGGCAACAGCAAGGGCCGGCCACACCCGCACAUUGAGCCCGAGCUGCUGCAGCGGCUGCGUGAAUUCUAUCGGCCGUUCAACCUCAAGUUCUACCAGAUGGUGGGACAGGACUUUGGCUGGGACUGAUGGGAGUGCGUCGUUCGUUAUCCGUUCGUAGUAAGGCCGGCUGGCUCGGUGGUAGAGCGAGUGGUUCACAAUCGGAAGGUUGCAAUUUUCAACCCCUCGUUUGAGGUUGACUCGGUCCAUCAUCAACAGUUGUUGUCCUCGAGAGCGACUUGCCCCCGUCACAGUAAUGUGGAAUAUCCACCACUGACUCAGGGCUAUAAACAGGAGAUGGCCACUGCCUCAUUGCUCACGUGAGCAGGAAAAUCCCCCUGGCUGUUGGAUGCGCACGCGCGCGCAGAGGGCAGACAAAACAACGAGUGGGCCAAAGUCUGAAUUGCGGGUAAUUUCCCACUCGGGGGAAAUCUGAAGCGGCGCCGCGAGCGUUCAGAUGGGUCAACCAGACUUUGAUAAUCAUCGUGUGUCAUGGCUGAGCUCGCACAAGAUCCGUUCCUUCGCGUCCAAUUAUGUUGUCCGCUCACGGCGUGGAGUGGACAUGUAACGUCGUGAAGCGUCGGUGGCAGUGUUCGUUACGUUCAUGGCAUUGGCAGUGGCGGCUCGUGGCCAAAGUGUCAUGGUGGGGCGAUGCCAGCACCGCACAAUUUCACUUUUUUAUUUUUUAUUAUUUUAUUUUAUCCGGUAAGGCCCACUGAACUGUAUAGAUCGUCUACAGAAGCGACCACGCCAUCACAAAUGAAAGUGCAAAAAAGUGGCUUAUCAUCACGUGGACAUUCCUAGCAGCCAAAUACUCUGAAAUCACGCGUUGAUUCUUAAACGUGGAGGGGAAAUUCCGCAGGACCCGGAGAA